GCGCCCAGCUCAGACACAGCGCGUGCGCGCGCAUGAGCGGCCCGGCGUGUGCAGACAGCGGCUGCGCGGCCGGCGUGAGGCCUCGUGAAGCUCCCACGGAGCACCAGAAGGGAAUCGGCUAUCGUUUGUUAGGCCUAUAAAGUAUCUAAACAACAGCGAUUACCUCCAGGACAUGUUGUGAUCUGUUACAGGAAUGUGUUUCUGAUCGAAUCUCAAUCAUGUUGGCAAACUGCUUGCAAAAUUUCUUAAAAAUGACAAGCCCUCAUGUAUAUCCAAGAUUAUGCCAGCGACUAAUAGGAAGUAAAAGGAGGUUUUCUGGAACCGUGCCAACGUUCAGAUUUCGUAGGCGGGUUGUCAUUACAGGCAUUGGCUUAGUGACUCCUCUGGGUGUUGGAACUCAGCUGGUAUGGGAUCGUCUCAUCCAAGGAGAGAGUGGAAUUAUUUCCCUGGUCGGUGAGGAGUAUAAGAAUAUCCCUUGCAGUGUUGCUGCUUAUGUGCCAAGAGGUGGUGAUGAAGGUCAGUUCAAUGAACAAAACUUUGUGUCCAAAUCCGAUAUCAAGUCCAUGUCUUCUCCAACCAUUAUGGCCAUUGGGGCUGCAGAGUUAGCCAUGAAAGAUUCUGGCUGGCACCCUCAAUCAGAAGCUGAUCAAGUGGCGACUGGAGUUGCAAUUGGCAUGGGAAUGGUUCCGCUUGAAGUUGUUUCUGAAACUGCUUUGAUGUUUCAGACAAAAGGUUAUAGUAAAGUCAGCCCGUUCUUUGUCCCUAAGAUUCUGGUCAAUAUGGCAGCAGGCCAGGUCAGCAUUCGGUAUAAACUCAAGGGCCCCAAUCAUGCAGUGUCUACAGCCUGUACCACAGGAGCUCAUGCUGUGGGAGACUCCUUUAGAUUUAUAGCCCAUGGUGAUGCUGAUGUGAUGGUGGCUGGAGGUACAGAUUCUUGCAUUAGUCCUUUAUCUCUUGCUGGGUUUUCCAGAGCCCGUGCUCUGAGCACAAACCCUGAUCCUAAGUUGGCAUGUCGACCAUUUCACCCCAAAAGAGAUGGUUUUGUAAUGGGAGAAGGUGCAGCUGUGCUGGUGCUGGAAGAAUAUGAUCAUGCCAUUGAACGAGGGGCGCGGAUCUACGCAGAAAUUUUGGGCUACGGACUCUCAGGUGAUGCUGGUCACAUAACUGCACCUGACCCUGAAGGAGAAGGUGCCUUAAGAUGUAUGACUGCAGCUGUAAAAGAUGCAGGUGUACAACCUGAAGAGAUAUCCUAUGUCAACGCGCAUGCUACUUCCACCCCAUUGGGAGAUGCUGCUGAAAACAAAGCUAUCAAACAUCUUUUCAAAGACCAUGCACCUGCCCUUGCAGUUUCUUCAACUAAGGGAGCCACAGGACAUCUGUUGGGAGCUGCAGGGGCAGUUGAGGCAGCUUUUACUGCUCUGGCUUGUUAUUAUCAAAAACUACCACCUACUUUAAACCUGGAUUGUACAGAACCAGAAUUUGAUCUCAAUUAUGUUCCACUAAAGGCACAGGAAUGGAAAAUUGAGAAAAGAUGUAUUGGACUCACCAAUUCCUUUGGUUUUGGUGGUACUAAUGCAACACUUUGUAUUGCUGGCAUGUAGUACAAAUAAUUUGUAAUUAAAUAUGAUUUUUAAAAAAAUAUGAACUAUAUUAAAUGGAGAAAUAAAUGUUUACAUAAAUAUAUCAAUAUGUAUCUAUAUAUCGAUCUGUAUCAAUAUCCAAAUACCCUUCAUCUGUAUCAGGGUUUUUCAGCCCUGCCACUAUCGAUAUUUUGGACAGGAUAAUUCUUUGUUGGGGCGAGGGGAAGCUGUCCUGUAUAUUAUAGGAUGCUGGGCAGCAUCCUCACCUUUAUCCACUAGAUUUCAGAGGCACCAUCUUCUCUAGUUGUGACAACCAAAAAUGUCUCUAGAUGUUGCUAGGUGUUUUCUGGGUGGCAAAAUUGUCCCCAUAUGAGAACCACUGAUCUCUAUUUUCCUAAUACUCUAGGUCAAACAAUUCUUUGAUGUUUCACCUGCUUUUGUAUCUUCCAGUAACAUUUGGUGAGUAGCUGUUCUGUGCUAGGCUAGGUUAUUGCAUUGCACAACUCUAGGCUUACCAUUCCCAUGCAACAUAAGGAGAAGGAAGACACAUAAAACUGGGAGUUUGCCUCAUUGAUCAUUACCCCCUUCUAUCCAGUUAGCUCUCUUUUCUUCGUAUUAUCUAUUAAUAGCUCUCUUUUCUUCGUAUUAUUACAGAGGUGCAAUAAAUUAGUGGAAUUUCCCUAAAUGUCCAAGUCAUGAGUUCUCUGAAAGAAGGAAGUAAAAUUGGUUUGAUGUUUCGUACUCCUUUUGUAAUUAUGGUGGCAUCUAGUGAUUAAGGGAGAUAAAGGUACUUGGGAAGUGGAGCAGAACUUGGUGACUUAAGCCACAUUACCUCAACUCACCUUUAUUAUAGCUAUGGUAGAUAAUUUUUGUGUCUGUCCCCCACAAGUGCUGGUGGUGUCUCUAAUUUUCCAUGCUGGGGCUUUUUCUAAAGAUCUUUUGGGAUCUCAUUCAUCCCCAUCUGGCUGGAAGUAUUGGGAAAGGGACAGGGACAAGCUCCCUAGAGCAGCAGUCAAAACCAAAAAGGAUGGAAUUAGUGGUUAAGUGUGUCAGCCUCCUCCCAGAGGGAUAUCUAAUAUUCUCCCCAGUUCCUCAGAGGGUUUCUGGUCAGAUAAAGCUUCAGUGCUCAGGGCAUUACCCAGUUCAAUAACCUCUUCCCUUGCUUUUUCCCCCUUCCCUUUUUUCCCUUUCUGAUUUUUAAUCCUACUCCCAGGAAUCACUCCCCAAACAAACAACCCUGUGUUAGGCUCUGCUUUGUGGGAGACUCAAACUGAGCAAGAAGUGGGUGUUAAAAUGGGGGUUUAUAGAGCAAAUGGGUAGAGUGAAUAAGUGGAUAAAUGGAACAUGUAUAUUUCUGCUGAACUGAAUUGUAUUCCACAUGUUUUAAUAGGCUGGAUAUAUUAUCUACCCACUGACCUUAACUAUAACACUUCAUUCCCUGUAUUCCCAAGACUGCAGCCAUAUUCAUUCAGUUAUAAUCAGUUCUAAUUGUCACUGGCAUGUAUUAGUUUUCUCAACCAAAAUCUGUUGGUUGCUAACUAUGGAGGUUUUGUACUGGCUUCCAAGAAUAAAGUGAUACG